UUUUGCGCCGCGGUGCUGGAAAGCCAGUCUGUGUGAGCGAGACUGCAGCAGGGUUAUAAGUGAACUACACGACGGUGUUGUCCCGCCUGAGCCUUGGUGGGAGUCGCCGGUGCGGAGGGCGCUGUGCUGUGAGGGACGGAGGAGCGGAGAGUUUCUCCUCCGGGCAAAAGUGAAGUGUGCGCACGGCGCGGGACCGCGGCUCGUCCCCGCUCUCCGGGACUUCAGCUCACUUUGCGCUUAAUUUUCUCUCUUUCUCAUGCAGACACUGUAACGACCACACAGGAUCGAGUGCCGGCUUUUAUGUAUUUAUUUAUUUAUUUAUUCUUUUCUUGGAUGUCACUGUGAUCUCCGUGUUGUGAAGCUCCGGCUGAAGCCUCCCGCGGUCGCCGCACGCCUGCGAACGCAAUGGUUCGGUUUAACGCACACGAUCAACAGCCCGGCUCUGAGACACACAAGUGCGAUUCUGAGUUUGUCCAAACAUCCUGAGGACUUUUUAUAGGACAAUCUUUCUUUUUUUUGAUUUUCUGAGCACGCGAUUGAAAUGUAAGAUCAAACGAUCGCGUUCUUUCCGUGAUUUUUCUUCCUCCACAAACCGACUCUCUGCGUGUGGGUUUAUUUUUUCGCCUCUCUGCCACGGGACAGUUUCAGCUCAGCGCCACAGACCGUGUCUUGUGCUGAAAGUUGUGUGAUGGUUUCGCCGGUAAAGCGGCGGCUUUUCACGGUGCAUAGAGUCCGGUAGAAGGUUGGCGGAGAGUGCGGUGGGAAGCCGCGCGCGCGACUCAAGGCGGGGUUAAAGUUCAUCACGGAGCGCUGAGACAGCGCCGCUCGCUUUACGCCGCAGUCGGAAAUGUGAAAGCAAGCAAGAGGCAGCCUUUAUUUUUCCCCCUCUCUCCCUUUUCUGUCUGUCUCUUCUUUUUUUUCUUUUUCACACACACAUACACACAGGCGGACGCUGCGAUCACAAGUAAACGGACACACACACACACGCGCGCGCGCACACACACACACACACACUCACACACAUCAACACGUACAUACAUAAACACGCCGAUUCGUUACAGUUAUCCAUACAUACAUACAUACAUACAUACAUACCCACACACACACACGCGCGCGCACACACACACUUCCCAAAUUCGAGCACCAGAUAUGUAUUCUCCGCUAUGCCUAACACAGGAUGAAUUCCAUCCUUUCAUCGAAGCACUGCUGCCCCACGUGCGUGCGUUCGCCUACACUUGGUUUAACCUGCAGGCCCGCAAGCGAAAGUACUUCAAGAAGCACGAGAAGCGCAUGUCCAAGGAAGAGGAGCGCGCCGUGAAGGACGAGCUGCUGAGCGAGAAGCCUGAGGUCAAGCAGAAGUGGGCGUCGCGGCUGCUGGCCAAACUGCGCAAGGACAUCCGGCCCGAGUUUCGUGAGGAUUUUGUGCUCACCGUGACGGGGAAGAAGCCUCCGUGCUGUGUGCUCUCCAACCCUGACCAAAAAGGCAAGAUGAGGAGGAUCGACUGCCUGCGCCAGGCAGACAAAGUGUGGCGCUUGGACCUGGUCAUGGUGAUUUUAUUCAAAGGUAUUCCCCUCGAAAGUACUGAUGGCGAGAGGCUGGUUAAAUCACCGCAGUGCUCGAACCCAGGGUUGUGCGUGCAGCCGCAUCACAUAGGAGUUUCAGUUAAGGAGCUGGACCUGUACUUGGCCUACUUUGUACAUGCAGAAGCUACACAGUCUGAAAGUCCAAACCAGUCCAGUGAAGGAGAUGUUAAGGACCAGCCAGAAAAUGGACAUCUGGGCUUCCAGGACAGUUUCGUUACAUCAGGCGUCUUCACCGUCUCCGAACUUGUCCGAGUCUCACAGACCCCAAUUGCUGCCGGGACAGGACCCAACUUCUCACUGGCAGAUUUAGACAGCUCCUCUUACUACAGUAUGAGCCCAGGGGCUAUGAGACGGCCCCUACCCAGCACCUCUUCUAGCAGUUCUGCAAAGCGGAUUAAGUGCAUGGAGGAGGAGGUGGACAGUCCAGGCGAGGAGCCCUACUAUCCUGGUCAGGGGCGAUCCCCGGGCAGCGGAAGCCAAGCCAGCAGUUGGCAUGAAGUAGAGCCAGCUGGAUAUAAACUGCGUGGCUCGCUAGCUAGUUCGUUCAUCUCAAGACAAGGAAUGCCAUCGCCCACCACAUUAAAGAAGUCAGAGAAGUCUGGUUUCAGCAGCCUCGUGCCUUCGCAGAGCUCCUCCUCCCCCCGAACGGCAUUCACACACCAUCAUCGAGCAGUCAUUACAGGACCCAGAGCGAGUCCUCACGCGACGCCGUCAAGUCUUCAUUUCCCGACGUCUCCGAUCAUCCAGCAGCCCGGCUCCUACUUCUCUCACCCUGCCAUCCGCUACCACCCACAGGAGACGCUCAAGGAGUUUGUCCAACUUGUUUGCCCUGACAGUGGUCAGCAAGCUGGACAGGUGGGCUUCCUGAACCCCAAUGGCAGCAGUCAAGGGAAAGUUCACAAUCCAUUCUUGCCCACGCCCAUGUUGCCCCCACCACCGCCCCCGCCCAUGGCGCGACCUGUGCCACUGCCCGUGCCAGACUCCAAACCUCCCUCCACUACGGCUGAGGGAGGGGGCACCUCGCCCACCUCGCCAACCUACUCCACACCGAGCACGUCCCCCGCCCAGCGCUUUGUCAGUGUGGGCCCCAGAGACCCCAGCUUUGUAAAUAUCCCUCAGCAGCCUCAGUGGUACCUGGGCUAAGGACACCAGAUUCAGACCGGCCUCUCCCGAGCUCAAAUGCUUCUCCCUGCCUCCCCUGAGUGUGACCUUCUAUGUGCCCAUCGGUGUGACGCGCCAGGAUCCGCCGACAGCCCUCAAUGCCCACAGACCCAGCAGCAUGGCUACAGCAGAACCCAAAACAAAUCCAAACAAACCAACUCAACACGCUUACAACAAACAUACUCAGUAUCUGUAUAUCCCAUAUAUAUUCCUCCAGAUGUAUGGUUUCUAUUCUUAUAUUCAUAUAUAGUAACUGCCCACCACCUCUUUCUUCUUGAAAAUGGAGAGAUCUGAUUUACUUGGACACUUGCAUGAAUUGUUUUUGUUCAGUCAGAUAAGGAGAACAUAAUGUGACACAAUCAAAGAGCUUCCUUUGGUCCGUGACUGUACCCAGUCUUACUGAGAGCCCAAUAUCUUUAUCACUAAUUCCUGAAUUUGUCGCAGUUUCACAUAUUGGCUAUGUGAUUUGAUCAUCCCGGACUGGCGCUCCCCGUGCUCCUCUCCCCCGUGUUUGGCAGGAUCUGGCAGUAGACCUAGAACCCUAGGUCUACUUGUGGACUUCUUAUGAAGGUUUUACUUGGAUCAGAUAUUCCACCAGCUAAAACCUCUCUCUUGACUCAGUAGUCUGCUCUGACCAGAACUGUUCAUCCAUAUCUUCACCGCCGAGACCUUCAGCGCCAUGCUCACGGCCCAACAGACUUCAUGUGCCGGGAAAUGGCAACUAUGAGAAGAAAUUCCCCUGGUUUGUGUCUCGGGGCAGGAAGUGAGAAGAUGGUGAUGUUUGAUAUGAGCUCUGAAGGCUGUAAAGUGAAGAAUUAAUACGGGAGAUUUUUUAAAAAAAAGGAAUUGUCUCCCAAUUGUCUUGGAGAUGCGUUCAUAUUUUGUUUUUGUGUUCUUGAGUCUUUUCAGUUGUUUCUAAUACACCCCAUGUAAAGUUCUGCUAUUAGAGAGAAUGGGCGGAUAGAAAGGCUGAGCUUCCAUUCAUUAACAUGACAUAAGACAAGCAUAAUUGGAGGUAAAUGGAAUUUUGAAUGGAGGAAAGUGCAAUUUUGUUGGAAAGCUGUCAGAUUGUUAAAUAUCUUUUGUAAGAUAGAUAAUUGCAGCGAUUGUUGAAAAGUAUAUAUCUAUAUAUAUUUUUCUUUCUAGUCCAUUCACACCUCUGGGACUCUAAAAUAUUGGGGUACAAAAAAAAAACAGAUCAAAUAGCCUAGUGAGAAAUAGAGGGAGGUGUACGUGCUUUUUUUUUUUUCUUUUUCUUUUCUUUUUUUCAUUCAUCUUUGUAAAUUUGUUCGUAUCGUAAAACAAAUAUCCCUUUAAGGAAAUGUAAACAAUCAAUUUGAAACAUUUUGACAACAUCAUCCACUCAUUGACGUUAGUUUGUUUCCAAAAUGCUAAUUAACUUAUUUUAAUGAAGCACAUAAUAUAGGAGCAGUAGCUGAUCUUAAUUUCUCAUCAGGCAAACUCCAUUGCAUGUAACAUAAGAAAGAUUUGAUCAUAUCAACAGCUUCGGAAAUGGUUGGUUAUGAGAGCUCUCAGAAUAGGAACACUCAUCUGUGAUCAGUUUCUGGAUUUUUUUUUUUUUUGAUCUACUGUAUGGACAGAUCCCAGCACUCUUAAACUCAUAAACCAUUUCUGUGUUCAGUAUGGUCCUUAUUCUUCUUCAGCUGAAAGCUCUCGUGCCUGUUCUGUCACCACAGACUGGUAGUCGACGCCGGGAUGACACAAAAAAAAAAACAACUCCUGUAACUUUUAUUAAAGUGUUAUACAAAACGAUGAAGAAAAAAAACAACAAAUGUGAAGAUCAGACAAAACACGAAUGCAACCGCAGAGCGAAGCCUUUUUUUAUUCAUUUGCUUCGCAUGCGAUUUUAACCAUUAUUCUUUGUUUGAAUUUUUUUAAUUUAGUUUCCUACAGUACAUAUAUAAUAAAUACACUUACACCUGACUCAUCCACUGUUGAUCAAAUCUCAGAAAAGUAAGGAAAAAAAAUAAAAUAAAUAAAUAAAAAAAAAUCUGCAUGUUCUAGUGUUAGUGACAAAUUUUUACAUAGAUUAUGUAGAGUUAAAGUAGUGUGAAUAAAGACACGAUAUUGUAAUCCCAACUCCAGGCACUUGCCAAAUUGAGUAUUUUGUUUGGCCCCUUAAACUUAGGGUAUUUUUAGUGCUGUCCUCACAAUCAACCAGUCUUUGUGAUUCUCCUUAGCUUCUCAUCCUUUCUCUAUAUUUGUCCCUCUCUCCUUUGUCGCAUUUAAAACAAUCAUUCUUUUUUUUUCUUGCAAGAGCAAUUCAUUUUCUCCUCUCGGAUUGCUCGGAAAACAAUUGUUCCUCAUCGAUGUGCCUUGAGUGAUGUUUGAGUCCUGAGCUGAUUCACGAGUUGCAGUGCUUUUUACUUCCCAGAUCUUUUCCACCAUGCUGCUGCUAUGCAGGGAAUCAGAGAGUGGAGCAGAUAAUAGGAACAUGUGCUAAUAAUACAGUAAGAGGAGCAGUGUGUAAGCCCAGGCCUUGUGAUACAACAUCCUGUACAAGCUUAGCUCUUGUACUACAGCGUUAAUCAUACGGAGGCCCUCGUUAGUCGUAUAGUCAGUAGGAUAAAUAAACAUUUAUUAGUGUAACUAUUAGACUUUUGACACCCAGGCCCUAGGUAGUGUAUUAAUAUUUAUGGAUGUUGCUGCAAUUAUUUCAAAAUGGAGGCAACUUUUUUUUUUUUGUCUUCCUGUUUUUGUUCCCAGAACAGUAAAAUAAGGAAAAAAGACAUUAAUGAAUUAAUUAACUAAUAUGCAAUACUUGCUUGCACUCAUUUAGAUGUUUCUUUUUUUUUAAAUAUAUAUUAGUGUUGCACUUGACUGGCUGGUUGGCAGAUUUGUCUUCAUUAAAACUCCACACCAGUUGUGUUUAGGGAUUCUACUUUCUUUGCGCUUGAUUUAAUGACCGUUCACGUAUUAAGGUUCCACUUUCUUUACCUUUUUGGUCACAAGCAAGCCUUAAAACAAGGAAACUUUCUCUCCGGUACAACAAUAUUUAACACACAGUUACAUCCAUGCAUUUAAGCAUUUAAGAAAUUACCCAUAAACACCCAUUUUAUGUACAUGUUGAUCUUCCAUAAUAAUGUUUUCUUGUUUAUUCCAUAUAUAUCAUUUAAGAAAAAAAUAUCGAGGAAAAUUUUCCAAGUGUCUGAUAUGGCGUUUUAGUGGUUACACUUGUGUGUGGAUUGUGUGUGCUUUCUUUUUUUUCUAUUAAUUUUUUUAUUAGUGUGUCAGAAUUUUUUUUAUUGUUCUUGCCUACCCUUUAGUAAUAAGUUGGGCAUUAUUUCCUUCAUUAUCUGCACUAAAUAUGAAAGAAUAUGACAGUUUUGAUGAUUAAAAAAAAUCAUAAUAAAUAAAUAAAUAAAUAAAACUGCUUCCAGGGCUUAAAAGAGCAAAGGGAAAAAAUUGAUUGCACGAACAUUUUUUUUGUUUGUUUUUGAUUUCUGUCACAGAAACUUAGUUUAGUUGAAAGCAGCCUAGCAUCUAAUCAGCAGGAUAUCUGGCUGUGUGUGUAAAAUAAAGACAAAAUUGCACCCUUUAUAAAGAAAGACAAAAAAGGAGAAAAAGAUUAUAAAAGCAAUAGCUUGGGCAGUUUGUUUUGUUCUUGUGUUGUGUGUGUAAUUUUAGUUUAUUUUUUUUUUUGUGGGGGGUUUACAAACAGAGUUUUGGGGAGAAGAACAAAUCUAAUUGAAACGGAGAAGAGCGCUAGGACUAGGAUGCCGCUGAGUAUGGGAGUCUGUUGUUUGUAUAUUGUAUAGUUUUAUUAAUUACACUGAUUUUAAAGCUGCCCUAUUUUAUAAUGCAGGACUUUUGUAACAUUGAUUAAAUGAGGAAAAAAUAGUGUUGUGAAUUUUUGCAUCGUUUGUAAUAAGGCCACAUCGAUAGAACUGUUUCUUUUUUUUUUUUUUUCUUCAUUUGUUUGUUUGUUUGUUUGUUUAUUUGUUCUCUGGGGAACUGGAUUUAAGUUGAAAACUUUCCUGUUUCCUGAUUUAUCAUUGUUUUCUUUCGCUUUCCUUUUUGUAUGUAUUUAAAGCCGUUUUCGGUUUUCCUUCCUUUUUUUGAUGGUAUAGAGUAUUUCCUAUACUUGAAAAGUAUAAGGUAUUGAGGUGAAAGCCCCAUUGUAAAUGGAUGUUACAAGUAUGCUUGCUGUAUGUUUUGAAGGUUCUUUGUUGCAUCAGUGUUGAAGCUAAAUUUAGGUAAUUCUGAGGAUGUUGGUAAGAAAUGAGAGCGUUUUUAUGCAUUUUAAAAUUAGUUUUAGGCAGAAGACAAUGACAUAGACAGCCAAAGGAUGCCCCUAUUAUAAAUGCAUCUAGGCAUCUUUUUGUGUUCACCAUUCCAUGCAGGAAAAUAAACAGCUUGAUAUGCAA